CGUGCGUUGGUGUGUGCGUUGGUGUGUGUGUGUGUGUGUGUAUGUGUGUGUGUGAGAGAGAGAUCUGAAGGCCAUGCCAGAUGUGCUGUCGGAAUUCGCCGAGUCUUGUCGGAGUUCCGCCACUUCGCCCACGUCUGGCGCUGAAAGGACAGAGAGCAGACCGCUGUGUUCAUCAGACCGCCCGCAGCGUGACGACAGUCGACUGGAGGAUCCGCUCACAACACGCAGCAUCCCGUAUCUGAAACAGGUGAAAAACAAGCAAUGAUUUUUCAAGUCUUCGUCAUCGUGGCCACGAUGGGGAUGUUGGCGCUGAGAGUGACUACGUCGAACGCCAUCGCUGGCGACGUCCUCAACUCCACGUGCUCAGAGGCUUGCAAGGACUGGGAGGACUGGCGAAGAGAAUGUUUCCUGACCCAGUGUCAAACAUUGAUGGAGAAAGGAGGCAACUGGUUUCCGUGUUACCAGAGCUGUUGGCACAAGUCGCGGUCCUGUCUGGCCGAGUGCGCUGACAUUUUCUGGGAGUUGUACACCAAGUGCAGCGCCAAAUGUCGCCUAGGACACCAUUUCCUGCAUGGCUGUCUACACUCCUGCAUCGUCAAAGGCUUUCUUAAUACACGAAAAACGGAAGCGUCUCCCAUGAAAAGGUAUUUAAUGCCAACGAUGACCUGAUACGAUCAUCGACGGCGCGAAAGACCCUAACGGUGGAAGCACUCAUCUCCCGCAACCUCAACAACAGAUGUGAUUAUGGUACUUGACGAUACUGCUUUUAGUCAUAGAGUGCCUGGAGAUAAAGUUUCACAUGCAAGACACAUCAGCAUUAACUUGGCUUUGUCAUUGCCAUCUUGGCCGCUUACUCCAGGCGCUACAUUCAGCGGCUUCAACCAGCUCCUUGUCUCUUUUGUCGUUGCAGUGACCUGUGUUCACCUCUUAAUUCGUCCCACACACAAAGACUGAUUAGCACAAUAAGGUAACUUCGAAUCCCUGGACAUUCAUCAGCUGCUGAGGAUUUUAGGGCUAAUGGCAUUUGAUAGUGGCCAUGCUGCACAAUGCAACAAUCUGUGUUGUUUUACUGAAGCUUGUAACCCCGAUGUAAAUAUAAAGUUUUAUUUAACAGGCUAAUAACAUAAUAUAAAGUAAAAGUAAUCAAGAUUAAUGUUACUUUUUAAGUCUAUCGACUGCAAAGGCUGUCAGCUGUCAAAUAAAUGCAAAUAUCGAAGUAAUUUGUUCGCUUUUAUUUGUCUUUUUUCACUUCCUGGAGUCGUGUUCUUAAUUCUUUUUUCUUCUUCUGUAUGCGUACGUGCAUGCGUGCGCGCGAGCUCGCGUUCAUACGUGCGCGUAUUCGCUCUUGAUGUUUUCUACCAUUUGAAAGAUUUUCUUUUCCCUUUCUCUGGUUAGAGUGAUGAUGAUAAUGAUAAAUUCCCAGUCCUGUUUCACUUUGCA